AUGUUUGCCCCCAUGUACAACGAACUGAUCGGGUACUCCGCUGCUUUGGUUUGCAUGCAGAGGCUUGAGUCUCGGCACAGCGUGCUGAAACGUAUGUUGUCAUUUCGCUUGCGGCAGAAUCCUGCUACCUUGAGUGCCUCCAUUCGGCGGCGCCAGAAUCGAGAUUUGGAGCAGCCAAAGUUCCAGCAGAAUUUAGUCGAGUAUUUGUCGAGUAUCGGAGAACUGUAUCAGGGCCAGUGGUCCUGCAAGACACAAUUGCUGGCCCAAGUGGGCAAAGAGAGCGCAAUGGCAGAGCAUGCUCCUUUGACAGAUUUGCGACAGAAGAAGGAGGCCUUUGCUGAGAGUCUUGCUUUGCUUUGUCGGGGCGAGGCGCAAGCUGAUGAUCAGCUUGCCAUUAUGAGGGAACAUGUCAAAGCCACUCUGUUUAAAGGCCAGUGCUACGCAUUGCGUGGCAUGCUGAAGCCAUGCACCUGGACAUAUUUCCGAAUGCUGAGUACCAACCCGGGUUCGAUCAUGACUUUGCAAAGAGCGUGCCAUUUGGCGUCAGAUGCUUGGCAACAGUGCGUGGCAAUCGAGGUCCUGACCGGGUCGGUCGAAGAUGAGACCUCCGAGAGACCGGCAAUCAAAGUCUAUGUGACAGAUCAGUCGGUGAUGUCCGUGCCCAUGUCCGAAAUGUUCAAGCCAGAGUGUGACAUGCAGUGUCUGCAUACCUUUACAGAGGUUGUGUCUCGCUGCUGUUUCUGCAACAGCUUUCUCGACGAGAUGUUGGGUGACAUAGAGGAUCAACGUGCCUUGCCAGACGAAGAUACGCUGUCUGCGAUCAAGGCAGUUGCGUCCGCUGCCAUAUCUGGAGGCUGCACCGUGCGUGAGGUUAGCACCAACGAUGUUGCCCACGAGGCUGCCAUCGAGUGGAUGACGCAGCAAAGCAUAGUGAAUCAGAAUGGUUUUCUGGAUGAUGCUUUCGUUACUGUUGCAACUCAUUUGGCGAAGCCAAUUGCGGCUGAUGUCAGUGAUUCACGAUUCGCCAUCUGCAAGUACUUGCUCCAAAACGGGUGGAAGCCGGCUGAAAGUGCAGGCGCAGCAUCCCUUGCAACGAAGACGUUCAAUGCAGCUGCACCUUUGGAAUACUUCUUGCUGCUGCGGCAUUACGAUGGCUUAUUGCUCAGAUAUGACGAUACUUUCGGCUUUCGUCACACACAGCUGAAAUCCUUUUACGAUGCUUUGUUGGCCAGUUUCAAGAGAGAGAGAGCAGAGGAAGACGAUUUGGACUAUGUUGCCUCCAACCAGAAGGCAGACUUCUACAAAUCCUUGUCCGACUUCUUUGCAGGACGCAGCGCUGACGAUCCACGUGCAGUGGCCGGCUUGCUUCAUCCGAAGUCUCGAACCAGAGGGCCCAACAAACCCAAACCCAAGUCCUCCGCGACUGCUCCACCGCCGCCGGCACCAGCGCUCAUUCAGGUGGCGAUGCCACAGCAGAUUCCUUCAGCGGUCCCAGGCCCAAGUGCAGAAGAGCCUCCAGACCCCGAGCCGGAAGAGCGCAUGCGUGUCCUGUGCGAGCAGUUGCCCACGCUAACUGCAGCAGCACCUUCCGGCGGCGACGUACCAGAUGCUGAAGAUGAGCAGGAGCUGAUGGGGGAGAGUGUGCAGGACGAUCGGGGCCAGCGUGACCAGGAAGGGCAAGAUGACUUCGCAGGUCAAAGCGCUACAUACCAGCAUGUGCACAAGAAUCGAGACUUGUUCUGGGAUGUUGAGCAGUUGAGCAGACAGAAAGCGUUGGACGUGUGCGCGGAGCUCGGGCGCUCCUACCAUCGGAUAGAUCCUGGGACCCGAGUGGCUCGGCUGUGCGAGCUCCUGGACAUACUUGCCGACAUCUUCGCCUCCGGCAAUGCAGACACGCCAGAGAAGCAGGUGAACAAGGCCCUCGAUAUCAUGGACCGGCGCGGCCGCCGAUGCCAGAAGUGCAGGAAAGUCGGCUAUGCAGACGAGUGUGUGUUCGGUGACAUCAUGGACAUGGUGCCCCCAGAAGUUGCAGAAGCGAUGCUCGGAGCACUACGCGACGAUGGUUUGGCCACACGUCGCCUUUCCCUCCAGUUCAAUCGGAGGCUGAACUACGAUGAGGUGGCAGAGCUUUUGUUUCCGGAUGACGUGCUGCCCUUCCCGGGAAAUGGAUCACAGCUUACAGUUUGCGUGGCUGGCUCACCGUGUCCGGAUUGGAGCAAAUUCGGAAAACGUGCCGGUGACAGCGGGGACAGCUCAGCUUCGGAAGAUGAAAACUCGGUUGACAACGGCAAGAAUUUGUGUUGCCACUGCUUGCAGGUGGUUACCGCUGUGGAGGCUGUUGUGCGGGGCAGGGCAUGGGCCUGCAAAAGAUGCAAUGGAGCAAGGGUGGCCUUGGAAAGACACUACAAGGAGACAAACAGAAUGCACCUGUGGAUGCAUAUGGGGCGCGAGGAAAAGAACAAUGUGAUCAUUUCAAACAAGUUCAAAAGCCAGGGGCAAGGCAAGAAGUUCCCCAUCAAGAUCGCCGAGGAGGUGGUCAAAGAAGACUCGAUGGAGCUGAAUCAGCAGAAGAAUUGGGUCAACAAGUUGCAGUUUCGCCGAGAGGCGAAGAAGCGGUGGGGAAUGAACAAGGCUCAGGCCAAAGCAAAGUGGCAAGACUUCUUGGCGGAUCCGAAGAUGCCCAAAGGGCGUGAUCAGAUGAAUUGGGUCACCAUGACCAAAGGGGCGCGCAAUCUGAAGCACACGCAAGCCAUGAAGAAGACAGAGAUCAAGAACGUCACAGACGAUGAUCUCUUCGACAUGGCCCACUCAGGUAUGGAUCAAGGCACUCUGCACCGAGACACCAGCAUCUUUGAUCGUAUGCAAGACUUCCUGGAGUCGUCUUGCCUGGAGAUGGGGAUGGCCGUCAAGACUGGGAAGGCCAAAGCAAAACCCAAGUCCAAAGCGCUGGGAGCCAAACGCCGCCCGGGCGAUGGACUUGAAGCGGAUCAGAGGCCAAAGAAGCAUCGCAACCAGGAUGCUCAGAGGGAUGUGGACCGCAUUGCAGCCCUAAGACAGCGACGGAAUUUGUGCGACAGCUUGGCCGCUUUGCGGAUGCGUUAUCGCAUGGUCAACAAGCUGCUUGAUUUCUUCAAGGAAGCCGGCCCGGCCCUGGCAACGAGCGCAGAGCCUGCGUUUAUCGCAGUUGAUGACAAUGCGUCAUUGCUGCAGGGGCAGAUUGUGCGGAUGGUUCUGAACCUGCCCGAGCAGGAUGCAGGGGAUCUCUUGGAUGGCAUAGCAAACAAGCCCGAGGAGCUUGAAGACGACACAUGCAGCCACGAGACCGCUCAAGCGAUGCACAAGGCUGUCAAUAUGGUCUUGGAUGUGAUGGAAGCCGGGAAGACUGGCAAGAAGCAGGACCUGCACCUGUAUGAGAAAAACAUCAACCAGUUGAUCUCAGCCUGCUACGUGGGUGAUGCUGAGGCUGCCGAAAAAGGUGACGACAGCCAGCUCGAAGGCGAUGGCGACGAGAAUGGAGAAUCUGAGGAGGAGAAGGAGGAUGACCCGGCGGUGCUGCCAUUGCAGGGCCCCUUGCAUCUCCCGCAAGAGGCUGCCGGUUACGAAAGUCCGCAAGGAUGGCACGUCCUCGCCACUGGAGUGUCAAGGCUGGGCGACGUCAAGAACGCAAUUCGCUUCGUGAGCGUCCCUGGCCGAGAAGUCCCGACUUUGCAGGAGUUGCGAGCUUGGGUGGGGCCAUUCCUCUUCGACGGCCCCAUAAAGAUUGAGACGGAGAAGGAUUACGCGAACGUGAUGCAGGAGUUCGAGCACUUCGCGAGCUCCGGCAGCGACCAAAAGCUACUGACCGAGCACCUCACCAAGAUGGACAUCAAGGGGCCAAGACCAAAGGAACUACUCUUCGAAAAGGACCUUGGCACUGGCCCUGGAGCAAGUCUCCUCAUGGAGUCGUUCAGGAUUGCAGAGGAGUUCAAAGUCCAAGAUCUUCGCAGCCAAGGCGACUGCACAGACGAGGAAGUGUUCAAACGCCUGUUCUGCCUGCGGUUCAACCGCGCGAGGCCUCUCCACCACAUGGUUGGAGUGAACGAGUGCAUGCUGGGAAGGACAGUAUCUGUGAUGUCCGGUUGUCGCUUUAUUUGUGGCGUCGGCUUUGCAGAUUUGGCUGACUACGACGAAAAGUUCUGCGCGAACAACAACCCGGACGCCGGCCCAUCCUUUGUUCGGGUCUGCGAGCGGCUGGUGCAACUGGAUGCAAGCGCUCUGUUCGAUUUGUCGGGCUGGGUUGUGGUUUUGAAGCCUGGGCAGGCUCUUCAGAUUCCCCCUGGCCACCUUACCGCUGAGACCAACAUGACCGAGACUUCCGCAAUGGCGGGGUGGAGCAGCGUGCCGCUGCGUUACCCUCAUGUGGACAUGGUUCUAGAUUGGGACCGACAUUUGACAAGUGCCCUUCACUUGUUGCAGUGUGACAUUUCUUCCGGCCGGUUCGACAACAACCGGCACUUGAACAGUUGCCAGAAACACCUCAGUUUGGGAAAGACACAGCUGUUGCCUUGGGUUUCAAAGAUGGGCAUGACCGUGGAACCGUCGGUGACGCCCGAGAACGACAAGCCGACGAUGCAACAACAGCAGAGGCUCCUUGUGGUGAAGCAGGAGGAAGGGGCGGACACGUCGCGAGACAUGGGUGAGCGCACGAGUGCAGCGGAGAAUGCUUCCGAUGACGAAGAGGUCAUUUUCGUUUCGGAGUCUCUUGCGCAGGAUUCAGAGCCGAAGCUUCCGGACACGCAGGAUGCACAAGCAGAGGACCAGCUCGUUGAUGAGGAUCCAGAGCCAAAGCUUCCGGACACGCAGGAUGGACUUGCGACGAGGGCCAAGGAUUCAGAGCCGAAGCUUCUGGACACGCAGGUUGUAGCUGUCAAGGAUCCAGAGCCCAAGCUUCCGGACACACAGGAUGCAGCGGAGGAUUCAGAGAAGGUUCCGGACACGCAGGUUGAAGAAGGAGUCCAGGAUCCAGAGCAGAAGCUUCCGGACACGCAGGUGGCAGCGGAGGCCAAGGCUCAGCAGGCGGACGAGAAAGAGGCGACACUCGCUUUGCCGCGGACAGAGGCCGGUUCUGGAGACCGCGGUCUUCCCCGUCCUUUGGCUACGGUGCCAAAUGGACCAUGUGAGGCCACCAAGGCUUUGCAUGAAAUGAAGCAGCAACUGGCUAUGAAAUCGUAUGCGCAGUCCACACCAUCUUCUUGCCCUGGCGGGCAGAUGGAGCAGCUGACACCAUCGUCGGCCAAAAAGAUGGACCCCGUGCACAUUCAUGACGAUGACGACGACGAGGGGGAAGACAGCGAACGCACUGUCCGCCGUGCUCGUUCUCGCGGCCGUGGCCGUGGUCGGGCGGCCAAGGCGAAGGCAGCAGAGCGUGCAAAGGGUUCGAAAGCAACAGCCAAGGCAAGGACCAAGCCGGCAGCUAAGGCUAAGAAGUGA